AAGUCCGAAAUUAAGAGAAACCCGGUUGUUCUUUCUGAAUUUGAGGACUUGGGUUGGUCAUGUUUCUUGCUAAAGCAAUUGCAAAUCAAUCACAACCCAGUUCUGUUUCUCAUAGCCAGAACUUGGGUAGCUCUCCAUUUUCUGAUUCGAUAGCUUGUAAUUUGCUUUUUCUGGCCACAAAUUUCCUGUGGUGAAUCAAAAGCUUUAUUUAUUUUUCUAUUGGACCAUUGGAGCCUGUGAGAUGUUUGUGAUGUGUUUUGCAGUUUGCAGAGUCAGCAGUUGGGUUGAAUGCUUGUAUUGAAUUCUAUACUAAUUCAACAAUUUGGAGUAGAAGAAUACCCUUUAGCUUUGUUGCUCUGCUGCUACCAUAUCGUUCUUUAAGCUCAUAGGAUUUCCAUUUGUAUGGACUCUCUUUAUUCAUCAACUGAAUUGAGGUGGAAGGAUUUAAUUGAGGAAAAGUGAAGCAUUGAGGAUCAUGGGUAAUUUUUAUGAGGCAUCAAAUGGCCAUGGGCCAACUGAUAAUGGCCAAAUGGUUGUGAGGCAAUCCAACUACCAACCCUGCAUCCAGGUAUCACUACCCUGGCUUGAUGUAAGAGUCUUUUAUGUUAGAAUUAGCAAAUGCGAGAUCGAUGAUUCUGCUCCAGAAUUCCUCUCAGUAAAUCAUAUUCCGUUGGAUCCUGAUACCCUUCUUGAAGCCAAUGGUGUUAGAACUAGCAUCAAUUCAGAUGGGGCAACAACCCUUCUUCGAAGGGACCGGUUAGAUAAGAAGUCUGAAGAAGCCACAUAUGUGAGCACUGACAGCAUAAGAAUGACUGGAAGUGUAAAGUUUGAGGUUUUCGAUAAAGAUGUUGUUGUGCUAUCUGGGGUUUUAGAACUGUGUGAUAGUAAUGGUUUCAAUGCAGAAACAGAUCACCAUGGCCAGAGAUGGAGCAUGAAUUGUGAAUCUGAUAUAAAUGCAAGCAGUGGCUUCUUUAAAGGAAAGCAAUUUACCGAUGCAGAAUCUGCUUCACCUUUGAUUGAGGUAUACAUCGCGGGGUCCUUCUUGGGCACUCCAAUAAUUUUAACAAAGACUUUGCAGCUUGGCUUUUGGAAGAAGCAUGUGAGGAAAGGGUUGUUGGAUUCCAUACCAGAGUAUGAGGCAACUGAAAACCAGAGGAACAAUCCUUCUAGAUUUGAUUUUCAGGAGUCGGAAUACUCAUAUUACAAACCGGAAAAUGGAGAAAACAACAUGUACUGGGGGACAGCAUAUGCAGAAGGUGAAGAUGGAGAGCUUUCAUGGUUCAAUGCUGGUGUGAGAGUGGGUGUUGGGAUUGGCCUGAGCAUAUGUGUCGGGGUUGGCAUUGGAGUCGGGUUGCUCAUACGAACCUACCAAGGCACCACCCGGAACUUUAGAAGGCAGCUACUGUAAUUUAAAUUUCCAAAUAUUUUCAUUUUAGCUACAAUCCAAUGCCAGAUAAGUAUUAAGUAGUUUCGCACAUAUCCCUCUUUGUAUCAAGGUUCAUGUCUUAUCUGAAAUAAUAGGGUGAUUUGUUUCAAAUGUAAACAUAACAUAAAGGCACCAGGUUCCCAAAACCUGUUUCUGAGUUGAUAAGAGUGGAUUUUUGAUUGAAUGGAAUGUGACCAAAAUUUA